UAGAGUUGGUCUCUGAGGAAGAUGUGUCUGACACUGAUACUGAGGAGGAUGGUGAUAAGCUGGGGGGUUAUAGACCCCCUAAGGUAACCACUGGUCAGAAACAAUCGAUAGAAAAUAAUGGUUCUGGAGUUCAGAAGAAUUGUUUGGGGUCAGGUGAUGUUGUGGACCCGGCACGUGGAAUCCGUUUAUUUCACGAGAAGAACGUCAUCACGAGGGUUCCCUGUCACAAUGACAUGCUGAUCAUGUUUGCCUCGCCACAAGGUCUUUAUGCUGUUAGAAACCUGGAAAUGGGAAGCUACCUACUGAAAAAUCUGUACGAGGCUGUGGAACAGUUCUAUGGAAAUGGAAAACUGGAGAAUAAUAAUACCAAUUUUCUGGACGUCCUGAGGCAUGUCGCGGCACUGAUGACGUCAAAGACUUACUUCGGUGAUAAGGAAUAUACAAAUGUGCCAUGUAUUGUACACAAGCUCUCCAAAGAUAUCAUCUUCACUCAGGGAAUGUCCAUGGCCCACACCAAAUUCAUAGAAUAUUAGAAAUCUGAAAUUAAAGGACUGUUUAUAACAUUACAUAAAAUGUUACUUGAUACAAAUUCUUGGACGGCUUUAAUAAGUUGACAUUUAUUUCAUGCAUGUGAAUUACGUUAGAGAUUUUUUUCUUCCUUCAUUUGCAGAAAGAAAUGAAUUUAUUUAACGAUAAAGAUCUGCUCUUUUGUAACACUUUCUGAAAUAUCUUUGCUCAAACAACAAGGUGAUAUGAUGCAG